UUUUUUACAUGACCUCUGUCAGCCAGGACUUUGGCCUUCAACAACUUCAUUUUAGUUUUAUCCCCCAAAAGAAUUGCGACUAAGUUCAGAGCUUGAAAAUCAUUAAUUUAGAAUACUGCUGUCUUUGAAAUCUCUGUUACUCACAAGUCAAGUGGCCAGGUUCAAGGAGUAAACUGAAAUUUAAUUAUGUAGAGAAUCUUGCCAGAGAAGGUAAAGGAAAGGAUCUUUUUAGUGAGGUUAUCUGUGCCUGUAGUUUGUACACUGCACCAAAUGAAGCUCUAGAAUUCUUAUAUCUCAGAGAUAUCUGCAAGAAUAUCUUCUUUGUCUAUUGAUGUAGCAUUUGGUUUUCUUGUAAAUAUAGAAUCUGUACCUGGUGACAGUGAAAACUAGUUUUUGAUUCUUCAUGUAGGUGAGAGAAGUUUCUAAAUUAGAAUGAAAACUUUACUGUAUUUUUAAUGGGUUAAUAGCUGCAGUAAUUAUGAAACUUAUAGUACCUCACAAAGAAUGUUUGUCAGAAAUCUUCAGAGAGGUCUAAUGGGCAAAUUAAAAUUUUGCUGAGAAGAUUAAUGAUAGUGAAGCAGAAAGAAUUACUUAGUCAAUGAUUUAAAAGUAGAAGAUGAAGAGGAGUUAUAGUUCUUUAUUCUGUAAUUUUUUUAAUGUUCUUGAGGUCACCAGUGAUCAGAUGAGACCAUGACAGUACCAGUACUGCUGAAAGAGCAAAUCCUAGCGGUAGUAAGCCUGUGCUGGAGACUCUAUGGUGGGGGAGCCUUAGAAGUGUUGAUAAGAAAGCAAAAGAAGUUGGUUUGCUUGAUGCAGACAUAUAUGGACCUUCAAUUCCAAAGAUGAUGAACUUAAAAGGAAACCCAGAAUUAACACCAAAAAAUCUAAUGAGGCCCCUUAAGAACUAUGGAAUCGCAUGCAUGUCUAUGGGUUUCUUGAUAGAAGAGACUGCCCCGGUUGUGUGGAGAGGGCUCAUGGUAAUGUCAGCUGUUGAAAAAUUGUUGAGACAGGUUGACUGGGGUCAACUGGACUACUUAGUGAUUGACAUGCCACCUGGGACUGGAGAUGUACAGCUGUCAGUAUCACAGAAUAUUCCAAUUGCAGGAGCUGUGAUUGUCUCCACUCCACAAGACGUGGCUUUAUUGGAUGCCCACAAAGGAGCUGAAAUGUUUAGAAAAGUCCAUGUACCUGUUUUAGGACUGGUUCAAAAUAUGAGUGUUUUCCAAUGUCCCAAAUGUAAGCAUGAGACGCAUAUUUUUGGAACUGAUGGCGUAAAAGAUCUGGCAAAAACCCUUGGAUUGGAUAUUUUAGGAGACGUUCCACUGCACAUCAGUAUAAGGGAGACGUGUGAUUCAGGACAGCCUGUUGUGGUCUCUCAGCCUCAGAGUGAUGCUGCUAAAGCCUAUCUAAAGAUAGCUGUGGAAAUAUUAAGAAGACUACCAGUACCUCCUGCUUGAAGCAUUUACCACUGAAAUUUAGCAAAAAAGUGGUCUUUGAUGCAGCCAGUGCAGAAGAGUCCUGUUACCUAAAUACAUGGGUGGCAUACAUUGGUUUGAAGAACUUGUUUAGGAAUUAAUUUACUAGACGUUAAAUUAUGAUUGUGAUAAUUACUGUUUUUCACAUCAUUGUUUGACCAUGUCCAAAAGGAUUCAGGUAUGCAGAUGAUGAGAGACAGUAUUUAACUGCUGAAUUGUAACAUCAUCAAGCAAGAAGUGAUGAAGUACAUGUUUUCCAUGUGCCCUAUUUUAAAGUCAAGAAUGAAAAACAGCCUCUCCAUGCAAGGAGAACAAUGGUAUGCCAAGACAUAAAUUUAAUUUUUAAGCAGGAUUUUCAAUAUUCUAAUUUCCUUCAGUUUUUCUUCAGAUUUUUUACAUGGCUAGCUAUCAAACUGACCUUAAAUUCUGCAAGAUAUUAAGAAGCAAAAUCAGUUUCGUAACUGCUGUACUGUUCUGUUUUCAUCUUAAAAGAAGAUUUAAAAAUUCCACAUAUACUCUGAAGAGUUCUUGUGAUGGAUGAUGAACAAAUUCAUUCAUUAUCAGAUAAAGUUUGAUCGUGAGGCAGUUCACAGUUUAGUGGAGAAUGGAUUACGUGACCCUGAGGCUUAUUUCUCGACUGUUUUACAUUAUAAUGAACCCAGACAGAAGACAAGGUAACAGAGGUCUUCACUGAAAACCAGAUGUUUCUCCUGAGCUCAGUUUGCCACGGAAUGCAAAUGAUUAAGAUAAAUUAAGUUUAUGAUUGCAUAUUCCUACUACAGUGCAGCAACUUGGAAUUUGAAUAUAAAGAUAUAUUUUUGAAGUAAAGAAAUAUUUGGUCUUCAAA